CAACUCGAGAACUCAUCGAGAUAUACGAAAAUGACGCUUCGUUUUUUAUUAAUCGCAGCUGCCGUGCUGAUUUGCCUAUGUGCCGCCGAUGUGUCCCACAUAAAUCAAAAGCCGCCUCAGGACGUAUUGGUGCCAUUCAAUGAUUUAUUGCCACCGCCGCUGGAGGAGUCCACCACUACGGAGAAGGCAACAGAGGCAACAGAGGCAACAAAGGCAACAAAGACAACGGAGGCAACGCCAGCUUCCAAGCCCACAAAAAAAUCAUACUAUCAGCAGCAGGCCCGGAGCAAGGUCAUGCAUCUAGACGUAGUUGAUGAAAAGCCAAAACUGCAGCUAGCAUUGGAACUACUUCCACCCUUUGCUGAAGCACCAGCAUCCAAUGAAUCAGAGCAGCCACAAAUCGAACAAGUUCGCACCACAACACAUCAACCACUUGUUGACAGUCGACCAACCGCAACCACCAGGAAAAGCGUACCGCAUAUUGAAAAGCCACAGCUGCAACAGUUGCAGGCACGUGUGGCACGACCCAACAGCAUUGCCAGCGAUUCAACAGUAUCUUCGAUAUCUUCAGCCAAGUCGGGAUUCUCGUCUGAUCUCAUCACUCAAUAUCUAACAAAUUUCCAGUUCACAACGCGGCGACCUUCUCGCGGUCCACUGCCGACACUGACUCCCUUUCCCCAUCAUAUUAAGAAAUAGAAAAAAUUACUAAAUUAUUUUUAGAGAAGACAGCAAUAAAGUUAAAUUAAUACAUCACAAAAUGA